GAGAUAUAAAGCAACGAUAUAUACUCCUUAGAGAUUAAAAAAGACAGUAUUCUAAAAUGGCUAAGGUCCUUGGUCUUGUUCUUAUGAGUUUAUUGGUUAUUUCGAGUUUGGUUAUGAUAACUGAGAGCCGGGUUGCAAGGAAAGACUUAGGGAUAGGUUUAGGUGUUGGGUUGGGAAUUGGUAUUGGUGGUGGCUCAGGCUCUGGUGCUGGUGCUGGAGCUGGUUCUGGUUCUGGUUCGCGGUCUAGUUCAUCGUCUAGCUCAAGCUCGUCAUCGAGUUCAAGUUCUGGUGGUUCAGGUGGUUCGGCUGGUUCGUCUGCUGGUUCUUUUGCUGGAUCUAGGGCUGGCUCGGGAUCUGGCAACUAAAUCUUAAAAUUAUGUUUGGAAUUGGAACAAACAUCAUAAGUGUGAAACUGAAUGUAAUGUUUUUAUUUUCCUAAGACUUGGGUUUGUAUUAUUACGUUAUAGCUAAAACUGUGUGGAUUGAAUAAAUUAUCCAUGUAACUAAGUUAUGCUUUUUCCUUGCAAUAAUAUAAUGUUAUAUUGUUUUUUUAA